ACAUAUGAAGAGCAAAGCAGAAAGCUGCCAUUUUAACAAGGAACACCAAAAGUAGGAUGAGCUACACAGGCUUAGCAUUUGCAAAUGUUAUGCAAAGCACAACCCCCUGCUCCAGGAUAUUACCUCUCACCCUGGGAGAGAAUGCUGGCAAAGCGUUUUUACCCCAUGGAAAGCACUUUUCAGACUGUCAAACUUUGAGAGAGUAUUCAGUUCAACAAUCUGGAUGUAAUGCAUAACUUGAACCUAAAGAACACUGACAAAAGAGUAACUAUAGAUCAGGACAUCUGGUUUUUCAGUGAAGAGCUUGGAAUCUGCUGAAAAGUCCUAAAGAAAGUGUUCUCCAGAGUCCAGGCACGAGCAGAUCUUCACCAGCUCACUGAGAGCCACAUACAUCAUUCUGGGCAAGAAUGGAGACUUUACAGGCUACAUUUUUUUUCUUUGUGUUUGUACCUUUGGUAAACCCAGCACCACCUCUACAGCAAGAAUCACUCCAGUUCUAUGAGUAUGGUACAGAUGUUUCCAUGGGAAGCCUGACCCAACAAGAUUAUGAAAUGCAGUCCAAGGAUAUAAGAAAGGAUGGAACAAAUGUUUCUCUUGACACUUCCCUAAUGCUGCAAAGUGAUGACAGCCAACUCGAUGUCCCACCAACAAAGGACACAAACCUGCCCACGUGUUUGCUGUGCGUGUGCCUGAGCGGCUCCGUGUACUGUGAGGAGAUUGACAUCGAGGCCGUGCCCCCCCUGCCCAAGGAAACCGCUUAUCUCUACGCUCGCUUCAACAAGAUCAAAAGGAUUGCAGCCUCAGACUUCGCUGACAUUACUACCUUAAGAAGAAUUGAUUUUAGUGGAAAUAGGAUAGAAGAAAUAGAAGAUGGAGCCUUUUCAAAACUUCUGCUGUUGGAAGAACUUUCUCUUGCUGAAAAUCGACUUGUAAAACUUCCUGUUCUACCUCCCAAGCUAACAACAUUUAAUGCAAAUCAAAACAGAAUCAAGAGCAGAGGAAUCAAAGCAAAUGCUUUCAAGAAGCUCACAAAUUUGGCCUACCUCUACUUAGGACACAACGCACUGGAAUCUGUCCCCCUGAACUUACCGGAGAGCCUGCGCAUUCUUCACCUUCAGUACAACAACAUCACCACCAUCACGGAUGACACGUUCUGCAAGUCCAACAACACGCGCUACAUCCGCACGCGGAUGGACGAGAUAAGGAUGGAGGGCAACCCCAUCGUCCUGGCCAAGCACGUCAACGCCUUCUCCUGCCUGAGGAUGCUGCCCGUGGGAACGUACUACUAGCCCUGCUCGUGCCAGACCCAGGCAUCUAACAAGGAUCACUUCUUCCUCUGUUUACAAGUUCAUAUCCUCUCCCUUACUAAUGCUCUUUUCCCUGCAUACCCAGGACCUUCUGCUAUGUUGCACCGUUCUCCUCUGAAAUAACCAUUUCAAACCAGUUACUUUAGUAAUUAUGGUGUCCCUCAUGCUUUCAGAAUCUUUUCUGUUAAUGAAAGUGUAAAAAUAUAUAUACAUGCACACACAUUAUCUAAACUUUUAAUUUACCACAUACUCUUUAGAUAAAAAUCACACAAAACUGCUUAUUCUCAUUUUUUACCAGCACUCAGAACAACCACCACACUUUACUUUCAGAUAAAUGCAAAAUUUUCUUGAAACAAACCAAAGAGGAAAAAUACUUCUGAAUUCUAAUCCCACUCUUUUCAUCUGGAGUGAAAUCUUUUCAGUUGACCUUCAAAAGUGUAUUGGAUGAAGAUGCAGAUGAGAGAAAGUUACGUUUAGAAACCAAACUUCUCAAAGCUUAAAUUCAUUAACAUUUCUUUACCACAAAAACUUGAUUAGUGGUAAAUGAGAAUAGCUCCUAUUUAGGUUUAGUACACCGAGCAAUAUAGCAACUGGAACUUUGCAAAGAUGUUUUAGAUUUCCUUUACUAUUCUGCUUUGAAAAUAACAUGUGUUUUCUUUUUACACAAUGUAUUUUAAAGUGAAAUAUAUAUGUUUUGCUGAGCUGUUCUCACAAGAACUGUUUUUGCAACACCAGCUUCCUAUUUUAAAAGAACAGUCUACAUACAGCAUAACAGACUGAAAUGCUUUUGUUAUUAACUAAUGAUGCAGACCAAGCCCUGGUUCCACAGCUUCUCCUGACAGGAAAUGUGACAAUAUAGUUAAAAGCAAAGCUGAAUUUGUGUGUUUACCUGUAAAUAAGUAUGAUUUCAUCUAGAUGUCAGAGCAAAGAAAGAGAAUUACCCUUCUGCAACAAUACUUCUGAUCAUUAGGGAAAAAUCAAAUCAGACUUGGAAGUUACAAAGAAAAGUUGAUUCCAUCAUUAACCUGAAAUCAGAGGUAACUUCAACCAUUUCACUCAACAACUUGAACCCCUGCAGUGUAUUAAAAACACAAAUUGACAGGCCUUGACACUCAGCUCAUCUAGGUCUGGCCAUCACUGAUAAAGGGCACAAUGUUUUAAAUUCCUCAACUGUACAGUUCUGACAUCCAGUUUCUCCCUUCCAAUACCUACCACAGGUGCAAAGCCUCCAGACAAAUGAAUGCCAAAGGUGUGCUAGUUAUUAUUACCACAUCCACUUUGUACUAAUUUUGAAGCUAGUAUAGAUUCCUAAUUAGUAGAAAUAGUUAAGCAUCAAAUGCAUGAUGAUGUAUCACUACAUCUAAAGUAUUGAUUUUACAAAAUAUUUUGUAUUAGUUUUAUUUAUCUUAUUUAGCUAAGCCUUAAUUUGUUAGUGCUUGUGCUAUGGGGAAUUGAUGGCACUUAAUUCUGAACAUAUUUUUUGCCCUGAACCCGUUACCCAAGAAAAACAGCAGCCCCCAAUAUUUUCCAUUUUAAGUUAUUUAGUGUAACAAGAAGGAAAUUCCAUUGUCUUAAUUAAGAACAAAACCAGGUCCAGCAGAAAUACUUGGUUUUCAUUUUUCCACAUAAAUCAUAAAACUUUGAUGUUCCCAGGUCUUUAUCAAAACAUAACAAACAACUUCAAAGCAUGUAAAAAUACAUUCCAAUGUCAAGCCAAAUUUCUAUUUGGAAAAAAUUAAACCCAUCAAUUCUCUCCCAUCUCUUGUGAUAAAUGCCCAAGAUGGAAAAAACACAGCUGUAAGUGUAAUAAUGUUACAUAAGCAGCAGCCUCUGACCUUAUUCUCAUCACAAAUCACUGCUACUAAAACUCUUUUCGUAAAUCACCAAAAAUAAAUACCAGUAAAUAUCACCAAAAAUGUGUAUACACAAAUAAAUGCAUAGUUUUGUAAUAUAUACACACAUAAACAGUCUAAGACCUACCUACUACCACACAAUUAAUUUUACAUUAAAAUGUUGUAUAUAUUUUUGAAAUGUACUAAUUAUCAUCAGUAACACUAAUUAAUGCUCUUAACACUUUGUGAGCAAACCAAAGUAGACAAUUGGUACCUUCUGAAUGUCUCAUGCAGGCACCAAGUUCUCUGAUGUGUUUUACUUUAUUUUCCCCAUUCACAGCAAGUUAAUCAAAACACAAAGUGAGAAAGGCUUCAGAGUAGGGAAGAUUUCCACCUCCUAUUUCUGUGACCAGUACUAAUAUCAAGCUGAAUGUAAACCAUUUUAUUUUUUCCUAUCAUUUCUGUUCUGAAUUUCCAAUAAAACUUGAAUUUUUGUUCUUGUUUA